GAGUGGAGACUGAGGAGUUUUAGAGAAACAGGUGGACUACCACACAUCCACUGCUCCAGCUGGGGCAUAAUGAGUGGAUUCUCAUAUACUAUAACCCCAGACUGGUCUCACAGUGGAGUGUACUGGUGUGAGUCUGGAUCAGCAGAUUUUAGCAACGCAGUCAACAUCACUGUACAGGAUAAACAUCAUAGUAUUAUCCUGGUGAGCCCCGCUCUUCCUGUGACUGAGGGAGAUCCUGUUACUCUGAGCUGCAGAGAUAAAGAACAAAAACUUCUCUCCAAUGUGUUUUUCUAUCACAAUAACAAACUGAUCCACAAUGACAGCAGAGAGGAGCUGAAGAUCUCUGCAGUGUCAAAGUCAGAUGAAGGUUUCUACAAGUGUGAACAUUCAGGAAAGGAGUCACCACAGAGCUGGAUGGCUGUUAGAGAUAAACCUCAGCCUGUCCUCUCUGUGUCUCCAUCAUGGCUGAGUCCUGGAGCCUCAGUGACUCUGAGCUGUGGGGGGUUGGAGCAUCCAUCUGCAGGAUGGAGGUUCUUCUGGUAUAAAAUGGUUCCAGCAAAAUCCAGCAGCUCCUACAUCUCUAAGGCCACCGUGACCCUUCAACCCAACUGGUCCCAGAUAUUCAGAGGAGAGAAAGUCACUCUGAGAUGUGAGAUCCAUGGAGGUGGAGGAGCUCAGUGGACGUAUGAAUGGAGACCAACCAGCAGAAACUCUCCAACAUCCAGUGAAUACAGGAUCACUGCAGCUGACAGUGGAGAAUAUAAAUGCAGAGGAAGAACAGAUGUAUUUACAAUAACAAAGUGGGGAGUCCUUAGGUUAGCUGUGUCAGGUUAA